UUAAUUAAAUUGUGAUGGAUUGCCAUGUUUUUGAACAAGUGCAUCAGCAGUCUUCACACUGGUUAUUAUCAAGCCGUAAAAAUAUACUAUUAUUAUAUUUAUACAGGCAGCUUGGCUUGGCUGGAGCUAAGAGACACCCAGACACACACUUGGGUGGAGUUAGGUGACAUCUGCCUGUGCUAGAAACUGAAUACAUAAGCUGCUGGACUGUCAUGGAACAUUCUGGAACGCAUAAACAGGAGUCCAAGCCUCUCUGCUGGGAGACUGCCCUCCAGGAGUUCCGGGUGCCAGAGUGGAGGUGUCUCCCCACCGUCUAAAGAGAGGUGAGGCGACAGAGAUCUGGAGGGCAGUGAAAGCAGCUGUCCAACGUGCAUUUGGUGGGGAGACGGGCGUGGGCAGCACGACCACGAGGCUGCCAGAGAGAAACUGUAGCUACGAGGCUGCAGAACCACAGACAGUGGUGCUGUCAGAACUGGGGUCAGGUCUGGACACCUAACACAAAGUGCCGAAUCCUUGCGGCCGGGCACUGAGGGUGAUUGGUCCAGAAGAUUUUGAGACAGCUGCUGUUGGAGAGACCUGACCCAGGACCCAGUCACUGGUGUGUGAUAACGUUUAGAAGCUCAUCCAGGAUAGUCUCAGUUCUAAGGCAGUGUCUUUCUGCCCCACAAACUAAUCGGUACCCGUAGAGUCAGAUCGAGUCAGUAUUUGGGACAAUGGCGCUGGCACUGUUGGAGGACUGGUGUAGGAUCGUGAGUGUGGAUGAUCAGAAGUCACUGAUGGUUAUGGGGAUACCAGUGGACUGUGAUGAGAGUGAGAUUCAGAAGACUCUCCAGGAGGCUUUAAAGUCUCUGGGCAGGUAUCGACUGCUUGGCAAAAUAUUCAGGAAGCAGGAGAAUGCCAAUGCUGUGUUAUUAGAGCUUCUGGAAGACACUGAUGUCUCCGUGAUCCCCAGCGAGGUUCAGGGAAAGGGGGGUAUCUGGAAAGUGAUCUUUAAGACCCCUAACCAGGACAUUGAGUUUCUUCAAAGGCUGAACCUCUUUCUAGAAAAAGAGGGGCAGACAAUCUCGGGAAUGCUCCGAGCGCUUGGGCACGAGGGCGUGUCCCCAGCCGCAGCACCCCGCGCGUCACCGGGGUUCCUGGCCCAUUUGUUGGGACAGGCACUCGCCCACGCCCCUCAGCCGCUGCUCCCCAUGAGAUACCGGAAGCUGAGAGUGUUCUCAGGGAGCGCCGCACCCGCCCCCGAGGAAGAGCCCUUUGAAAUCUGGUUGGAACAGGCCACUGAGAUAGUCACAGAGUGGCCGGUAGCAGAGGCAGAAAAGAAACGAUGGUUGAUGGAAAGCCUUCGCGGCCCGGCCCUGGACCUCAUGCACAUAGUCCAGGCAGACAAUCCGUCCAUAAGUGCGGAAGCGUGUCUGGAGGCAUUUAAGCAAGUGUUCGGGAGCCUGGAGAGCCGCAGGACCUCACAGGUGAAAUACCUGAAGGCCUAUCAGGAGGAAGGAGAGAAGGUCUCCGCCUACGUGUUGCGGCUGGAAACCCUGCUGCGCAGGGCGGUGGAGAAGCGGGCCAUCCCGCGGAGCAUCGCCGACCAGGUCCGCUUGGAGCAGGUCAUGGCUGGGGCGAGCCUUAGCGAAAUCCUCUGGUGCAGGCUGAGGGCGCUGAAGGAUCAGGGCCCACCCCCCAGCUUCCUGGAGCUCAUGAAGGUCAUCCGCCAAGAGGAGGAGGAGGAGGCCUCUUUCGAAAACGAGAAUGUCGAGGAGCCGGAGGAUGGGGAUGGCUACGGACACUGGGAUCACGAAGCAGAUGACUAAAACCCAACUCCAAAGGGGACCCACGGUCCCGGACGGGGGGCGACAUCACUUUACCAGGCUAAGACCUUGCGGUCUUUUUUUCUCUAACGUACACAGUUGAAAGCAAGGCAUUCCAGCCAGGUUUUGAUUCUUUUAAGAAAAAAAAAA